UUUGCGGCUGCAAUUUAUGGAUAAUCUUCCUUCAACUAUUUAUUGUUUCCCCGCUUUAUUUUUGCUUGCAAAAGCAAGUUGCUGAUUGUUCUGUAUAUACAGGAACACAGAGAGAAGAAGAACUGUGGGAUGAUAAUAUUACUAAGUAACCCAAGUAAACAUAAUCUGCUGAUAGCCGUAACAAGCCUUAUACGAGAGCAAAAACAAAAAAAAAUACUGAUAAAUCUUUACAUUCCUCGUCGUUGCUUCGCGGUCGUCGUUGUUGCUUACGGUUGUCGCCACACUAUAUAUGAGCAAGUCCAGUUGCGCCGGACAUGCUCAGCUCAGUUCAGUUUGGGUUAAGUUCUCGGAUUGUUAAGACGUGAUAAAGUUUUAUUAGGGAAUUCUUUUCGGAAUCGUUGUUCCAAAUGAAUUGGAAAAUUAAAAUUUUGGUUGGCCUGCUGGCAUUUGCCCUUUGUAUUUCUGCUCGACCUCAAGAAGGGCCUAGAAGUACAUCUGGAUACGUUGGAAGCAAAUGUGGAUAUGAGAGUUGCCAUCCAACAAAACCGAACAUGCUCAAUGUUCAUAUAGUAGCUCACACUCACGAUGAUGUAGGAUGGCUAAAGACCGUUGAUCAAUAUUAUUAUGGAAGUCAAACACUAAUUCAAAAGGCUGGAGUACAAUACAUCAUCGAUUCUGUUGUUCAAGAGCUUUUGCGAGAUCCCGAGAAGAGGUUUAUCUAUGUGGAAUCAGCUUUCUUCUUCAAAUGGUGGAAAGAGCAAAGUCCUGAGCUUCAAGAACAAGUUAAGCAACUUGUUGCUGAGGGUCGUUUAGAAUUCAUCGGUGGAGCUUGGAGUAUGAAUGAUGAAGCUACAACUCAUUAUCAAAGUAUAAUUGAUCAAUUCUCAUGGGGAUUAAGACUUCUUAACGACACUUUUGGUGAAUGCGGGCGGCCAAAGAUCGGUUGGCAAAUUGAUCCCUUUGGACAUUCUCGUGAAAUGGCUUCGAUUUUCGCUCAGAUGGGCUAUGACGGUCUGUUCUUCGGUCGUCUUGACUACCAAGAUAAAACUGAGCGUUUGAUUGAACAAAAAUCUGAAAUGAUCUGGCGAGCAAGUGCAAAUUUAGGUGAAUCAUCCAACUUGUUUACCGGCGCACUUUAUAAUCAAUAUCAACCUCCACCUGGCUUUUGCUUCGAUAUCCUCUGCGCUGAUGAACCGAUAAUCGACGGUAAACAUAGUGCAGACAACAACGUCAAUCGGCGGGUCGAUGAGUUUUUUGAUUAUGUCCAACAUAUGGCAGAAGGUUAUCGGACCAACAAUGUCUUGAUAACUAUGGGAGAAGAUUUCCAUUACCAGAAUGCCAAUUCGUGGUAUAAAAAUCUUGACAAACUUAUUAAAUACGGAAAUGAACGCCAAGCUAAUGGGUCCGAUAUAAAUCUAAUUUACUCCACGCCUUCAUGCUAUUUGAAGUCGCUUCAUAACGCGGGAAUUACUUGGCCCACUAAAGAUGAUGACUUUUUCCCAUACGCUUCGGAUCCACAUGCCUACUGGACCGGUUACUACACAUCCAGGCCAACUUUGAAGCGCUACGAACGAGUGGGAAACCAUUUCCUUCAAGUCUGUAAACAGUUGACGGCUUUAUCUGUUCUGUCUUCAACAUCAAGCAGAAGAAAGGAGAUGGAGGGUCACCUGGCGUUCAUGAGGGAAACUAUGGGAAUUAUGCAGCACCAUGACGCAGUCACUGGAACCGAGAAACAAAAAGUUGCCAAUGACUACGCUAAGAGGCUUAGUGUUGGAAUUAGAGCAUGUGAGGUGAACACUAAAGUGGCCUUGAACAAAAUUGCUACUGGAGAGGAUGUUCCGGCCAGAGGAGACUAUAAAUUCGAAUUCCAAAAUUGUGACCUUUUGAACAUAAGCAGCUGUUACGUAUCCGAACAAAGUGAAGGCUUCAUUCUUACCUUGUAUAAUCCACUGUCACACUCUACCUUUGAAUAUAUCAGAGUUCCAGUGCCUGAACAUAACUAUGAAGUAAAAGACUAUAGAGAAGUAUCAAUUGAAUCCCAAGUUGUCCCCAUCGCUGAUGCCAUCAAAUCAUUGAAGUUUAGGCAUUCAAAUGCAAAGUUUGAACUCGUAUUCCUGGCAAGUGAAUUACCUCCACUUGGUUACAAGUCUUAUUACAUUACAAAGGUAAAGGACUCUGGUCGUUUUGCACCAGAAGUUAAAAUGGUGAAACGGGCAGCCCUCAACUCAAUUGGUAACGAUAAUAUAAAACUAACUUUCGACACCAAUGGCUUUCUUACUGCUGUGGAGUCGGAUGGAGUUAAUCGUCAAUUGUCUCAAGAGUUCCUGUACUAUGAGGCAGCAGUUGGAAACAAUUUGGAAUACCGUAAUCGUUCGUCGGGAGCAUAUAUCUUCCGCCCAAAUAAUACGGUUCGUGUAGUAACAGAAAACCCAGAAAUAAAAAUUUUCCGAGGGGCACUUGUCGAGGAGGUUCAUCAGAUCUUCAAUGAAUGGAUAACUCAAGUGGUUCGAGUGUAUGCUAAGGAGAACUUUGCCGAGUUCGAAUGGCUUGUUGGUCCUAUUCCUGUUAGUGACGGAAUUGGCAAAGAAGUUAUAAGCCGAUUCACUUCGGACAUAAAGUCUGCUGGAAUAUUCUAUACCGAUUCAAACGGUCGAGAGAUGAUAAAGAGAAAGCGUAACCAUCGGGAUACAUGGAAUUUAAAGCUUCUCGAAAAACAAGCUGGAAAUUACUAUCCCAUAACAACGAAGAUUGCCCUCGAAGACGACGAAGCCCGUAUGGCUAUUCUUGUCGAUAGGGCUCAAGGCGGAGCUAGUUUGUUAGAUGGCUCUCUAGAGCUUAUGAUCCAUCGUAGGCUACUUCAUGAUGAUGAUUUUGGAGUCUUGGAAGCUCUAAACGAGACUUCGUAUGGAAAUGGUACAGUUGCUCGUGGUCAUCAUUAUUUGUUUGUUGGGUCCCAAAAUAAAGACUCACCAACAAGUAAGGCUCGGGAGAGAUUUACCCAAAUGCAGAAGUUGUUACCCACCUGGAAAUUUUUCAACGACGCUGAAAAAUUCCCCUACAAUCAGUGGAGGAUGAAUUACACAAAUAUUUUCUCUGGACUUACUCUCUCACUCCCACAAAACAUCAAUCUUAUGACUUUUGAGCCUUGGCAUCAAAAUGAAAUUCUCAUUCGUUUCGAGCAUAUUCUCGAAAAAGACGAAGAUCCUGAAUAUUCUAAACCAGUGACAUUCUACCUUAAAGAUAUCUUUCGCCAACUCGAUUUAGUGAACAUUCAAGAGACUACCUUGGAUGGAAACCAAUGGUUGGCCGAAAGUCGUCGAAUGCAAUUCCAAACAGAUCCUGAAACAACAGAAUAUGAUACGGAUACCUUCCCUCAAUACGAAAAAUCCCAACGUUAUGUUCGUCUUCAAUCUGCCAAGCGACCAAUGAUGUCGACUAAAUAUAUGGAUGAAUAUGUGUCAAUAUCAAAUCGUAUUAAUCGUGGUACUGAAAGAGUUCAAUUGAAUAAACUCCGAUCAGAGAGGUUAGCAAAUAUGAAGAAACUGGUUGAGAUAAAUAAGAUCGAUUUAACGGAUGAUGAAGAUAAAUUUAUUAUUGUUAUGGAACCGAUGCAAAUUCGCACGUUUAUUUUGUAUUUGGAACAGAAAAUUUAAGCGUUUCCCUUUAAUAAAUAGCAGAGAAUGUUGACAAUUUU